GUAGCGCAGCAAACACCCCAGACUGGGAGAGCUGCAGGAGUUCUCAUUUUAAACCUAAAUAACUGCGAGUCAGCCAUGAAUUAUCAACAGCAGAUUGAUAACAUUGUGUCCACUGCAAAAUUUGGAGACUUGAUUGAGUUUUCCUACCCACUUGGAUAUUCGCACUGGGCCAUCUAUGAUGACGAUGGACAUGUAAUCCAUUUUGCAGUUGCAGAUGAGAAGCAACUAAUGACAACUGUUCGUACUUAUCUGCAAAAAAUCAUGCCAGUAUGUGGGGACCUUCUCCUUGGAGAAACCAAGAUUCGCAGAGUCCCUGUUGGUGAGGUCAAUGUCCCACAUGGAGCCCAUGCGUUGGUCAGUAACAAUCGCCAUGCCUUCACACCUUCAGCACCUGAGGAUAUGAGGCUACGCCGUGACGCCCUUCUCAAUCAAUCCCUUCCAUAUAACCUUUUUACUCUAAACUGCGAGCACUUUGCCACUUUCAUACGCUACGGGAAAGCUGUGUGCAACCAGAUCCCUGCAAAACCCAAGAAUGAAGAGUGCACAGGAGCAACUACAGUUUUCAAAGACAUUGUCAACUCAAAGCAAACUGAUUAGAAACGUUUUCAUUUCUACAUUUGUAAACUUGUGCGAUGCCUCAGUUUGGUCUUUCUGAGUCACGUCACUGUAAAUAUUCAACAUGUUCUCUUUGUCUGGCCCUCUAUAGAGCUUAGCCUGAUAUUUUUUUUAAAUUUUUUUAUGAAGCCACUUAUGGAAGCAGUAUGUACAGCAAGGUUUAAACUUACUUGUUUUUUGCCCUUAUUUAUUAAUUUGCAAAUGCUUAGCUGAAACCAUAAAUAUUUUUUCUCAGCAAAAUAUCUUUAAUAAUUCCUCCAGAGAAAAAAACAAUCUUGGGAUUCAUAAUUUGGCCGAGCAAAAGCCCUGAAGCUAUAAGGUUUACCACGACAAACCACAUGCUGGCAAGCUGAAAGCACGUGAUAAUUAUAUCGCCAAAAGAUAACGUGUGAUUAAAAAAAACAACAAUGUAGAUGUUCUACUGAUGCUCUCAUAUAAUAUAUCAGAUAUAUUUUUCUGUUCAGGCACAAAACAUAAACAAAUUCACCUAA